GUAGCUGAAGUAGUCAUUGUCUGGACUCAACCCGACGACCGAUGACAAUUCUCUCCUCGGAAGCACUAGUUCCGCGUAGCGUCUGCACCGCGACCGUCUCCAUCCACGCAACGCAAAACAAGUCUAUCCAUCGAAUGUUUUACAUGCCUACGCCGGUCCGUUCCGACGUCGAAACGAGAGGGGAAAGGGUGGAGGGAGAAUUGUCGGCCGGGAAGAGGAAGUGAUAAGGAACAGACACAAUAACUUCCUGGAACAAGUCACGGCACCAUAAGAAACCUAACGUCACUCUUUCCCUCCACGCCUCAAACGUGCCUCCUAAGCUCAUUCUCUCCAAUCUCAUUCUUUAUAAGAGCUCCAAUGCACUCCCUCCUUUCUCCUGUCAAAGCUCGAAACAAGCAUCGACUUCGCGAAACCCGAACUAGUAUCGGCAUUCGUAGACUUGGAUUAGUCGAUCCGAUCGAUCGAUUCGUUCUCUCUCCCUUUCGGGAGCUGAGCAUUUCGUUUCCAGGCUGCAGCAUUGAGGGCUGGUCGUAUGGAUCAGCGUGACUCGCUAGAGAGCGAAGGCAGCGUCAAGUUGCAGAUUUCCGAGCUCUGCAGGCUCGGCGACGCCUGCAGCUCGGGCACCACCAUCUUCGAGCCGCGGAACAGCAUUGAGAAGAGAGACAGCAGCAAUGGGGAAUCCGUUACCUCCGGGAAGCCUGUGUUCCACGCGCCGGAGAAGAAACUCACGCUGUUCGCCCUUCGGCUUGCGGUGUUCGAGAAGGCUGCGACCGGGCUAGGAACGCUUGGGUUCAUCUGGGCGACGGUGGUCCUUCUUGGUGGGUUCGCCAUCACUCUGGAUAACACCGACUUCUGGUUCAUCACCAUCAUACUGCUGAUCGAGGGGACGCGGAUUUUCAGCCGCAGCCACGAGCUCGAGUGGCAACACCAGGCGACUUGGACGAUCGCCGAUGCAGGCAUCAACAGCUUCCGCGCGCUCAAAUCGAGCUCGCACUUUCUGGUCAAGAGCUUCAGGGCUGCUUUUCGUCCCAUUUCAUCGGCGGUUCAGAAGAGAAACCACAAGAACAGGGAGAUAGCAGCACAAUUUGCCGGCUCGCCAAACGCUGGCGGUGUCCACCGUAAAUCAACUCGGAUGUGGACGUCGUCGGAUGUCCCGAUCCUACCUUAUGGCAAAUGGGUGUUCCUCGCCAGGAAUGUGAGCAAACUGCUCUACUGGCUUCAGCUCCUAUCGGCGACGGCCUGUGUGGUCCUUUCCCUAAUGAAGCUCAUCAGGCACAACUAUGGCGAAGUUGCGAAAGGCGACAGCGACAAGCGCAACCGGAAAGCUGCCUUGAACAUCUUCUACUCGCUGGCCCUGGCAGAAGCCCUGCUGUUCCUGAUGGAGAAGGCCUACUGGGAGUUGAAGGUGAGCUUCUUCAAGGUCCUAGAGGAGGUGACCCGGGAAUGCGAAUUGGGGAAAUCGGGCCUGAUCGCGGUCCGGCGCUUCUUCUACGACUCCUACUCGCGGUCCGUCAAUGGGAGCAUCUUCGAUGGGUUGGGAAUGGACAUGAUCACCUUCUCGACGGAGCUGCUCGACUCCAACUCCCCCGACGAGCAGCUCAUCGGAGUAAGGAUCCUCCGCCAGUUCGUGAUGAACAGCCGGUUCUCUGACGACACCCUCCGAAAGAUCGGGACCAACAUAUCCGUGAUUGAGCGGCUUGUCGAGAUGCUGAACUGGAAGGACCCGCAGGAGGAGGAGAUCAGGCGGUCGGCUGCAGAAAUACUGUCAAAGCUCGCCGGGAAGAAGCGCAACGCACUCCGAGUCUCUGGAAUCCCCGGCGCGAUGGAAUCAAUCUCAUCGCUCCUUGAGAAGAGCCGGUCCUCCUCCGUCUCGGCAGACGAGAUUGCGGAGAAGACGAUUGUUUCCUCCUCCUCCGCCGCCGCCUCUUCUGACGGCCAUGCGAGCUACGGAUUCGAUACGUUCAACCACCUAGGACUCCUGAUACUGAAGAAAUUAGCUCGCGACCACGACAACUGCGGCAAGAUUGGGAACACAAGAGGGCUCUUGCCGAAGAUCAUCGACCUCACGCACACCGACGAGAGGGUCCUGAAGGACGCGAGCGUCGCAAGGUCACAGGUCCUCACCGUGAAGCAGUCGCUCCAGGUGGUGAGGAUGCUGGCGAGCACAGCGGGAGCGACCGGGAAGCAGCUCCGGCGGGAGAUAUCGGAGAUCGUGUUCGCGAUCGGGAACAUCCGGGAGAUCCUCCGGCACGGCGAGAGGCACCCGGCGAUGCAGAAGGUGGGGAUCGAGAUCCUGACGAGCCUGGCGCUGGAGGAGGACGCAACGGAGCGUAUUGGGGGGACGGGCGGCGUUCUGAGGGAGCUGCUGAGGAUCUUCCUCAACGGCAGCGGUGGGAAGGUGGCGGGGGCGGAAGACGAGGAAGGGAGGAGGGUGAGGGUGGCGGCCGGAGAGGCGGUGGCGAUGCUGGUGCUGGAGAGCGAGAGCAACUGCCGGAGGGUGCUGAGGCUGGGCGUCCUGGAGAGGCUCGUGGAGGCGCUGGAGGCGCCGCUGCUGAGGGUGAACGCGGGGAGGAUCUUGAGGAACUUGUGCGCGUUCGGCGGCGACGGCUGCUUCGAGAAGCUCCGGGGAGCCACCGCUGCUGCGCCAACGGUUCUUAAGGCGAUCAUGUCCGAAGAGAAUAAGCUGCAGGAGGUGAUGAUCGGACUGGCGGCCCAGGUCUUCAGAUACAUGACGAGCAAGGAGUCGAGCGCUGUGUUCAAGAGGGCCGGGAUACGGGAGACCGAGCUCGCUGACACCCUCGUCCAGAUCCUGAGGAAGUACCGGUCCCCGCCGAUCAAGGUCCCCCGGAUACGGCGGUUCGCCAUCGAGCUGGCGAUCUGGAUGAUGACGGACAAGGAGACCAACGUGCUCACCUUCCAGGAUCUCGAGAUGGAGAAGGAGCUGGAAUACGUGCUGGAGACCACGUCGGAGGUCGAGAGCUUCAACAUCUUCUCCGGCACGGUCGGCGUGAGCCGCCACCACAUGACCAUCCAUUCCUUGGUCGAGCUGGCGUUGAAGCUUUUGGCGGACGGCUGAAUUUCAAGUCGAGAGAGACGUGAACUUUGUAAAUACACCUAAAGCAUAUACAAAUCAAAGGAGAGUUUUUCCUUGCAUUGGCAACAUGUUGAUACUUACUUUUCAGAGAAUUGUUGAUUAUUUGUGAUUCCAUA